CACGCGCGGGGGCGGGGCGGCGGAAAGGAAACAUUUUCCCGGGAAAGUGUCACGUGGCUCCGUGCGGGGCGCGGGUCCCACUCUGUCCCCGGGCUGCCCCUGCUGCAGCCCCGGCCCGGGCAUGAGCCAGCUGCGGGCGGCGGCGGCGGCUGCCCGGGGGCUCCGACGGAGCCGCGCGGUCCGGUCCCCGGAGAAGAGCCGGAAGGGCGCCGCGCCCCGCGGAGGGGGCCCUGCUCCGGCACCCGCUCAGCCGCCCGCGCGGCACCUCUUCAGCGAUGCAGCCGAGAUCGAGGCCUUGCGCAGGAACCUGCUCGCUUGGUACGACAAAUGCAAGCGGGACCUUCCCUGGAGGACGCUGGCUGCAAGUGAGCCAGAUGUUGACAGACGGGCGUAUGCAGUGUGGGUGUCUGAGAUCAUGCUCCAGCAGACACAGGUGGCUACAGUGAUCGACUACUACAACCGCUGGAUGCAGAAAUGGCCAACGCUGCAGGCUCUGGCGGAGGCGUCCCUGGAGGAGGUGAAUGAGCUGUGGGCAGGACUCGGCUACUACUCACGAGGGAAGCGUCUGCAGGAGGCGGCGAGGAAGGUUGUGUCCGAGCUGGCUGGCAGGAUGCCCAGGACGGCUGAGGACCUGCAGAAACUUCUGCCGGGAGUGGGCAGAUACACAGCGGGAGCCAUUGCUUCCAUCUCAUAUGGGCAGGCUACAGGUGUUGUGGAUGGGAACGUGAUCCGUGUCCUGUGCCGCCUGCGGUGCAUCGGUGCCGACUCCAGCAACCCGGCGGUCAUCGACCGGCUCUGGGACAUGGCCAACGCCCUGGUAGACAGGAGCCGCCCGGGGGAUUUUAACCAAGCCCUGAUGGAGCUGGGGGCUACUGUGUGCGUGCCCAAGGCCCCGCUGUGUGAGCAGUGCCCCGUGAAGCAGCACUGCCGAGCACGGCGCAGGGUGGAGAAGGAGCUGGCCUUGGCCUCCCAGAGGCUGCUUGGGACCUGCCUCCCGGUGCCUGAUGUCGAGGACUGCAGUGUUGGGGGUUGUCCGUUUUGCCCCCCGGCCACGGAGCCGUGGGACAGCAGCCUGGGGGUGACCAACUUCCCCCGGAAAGCAGCAAAGAAGCAGCCGCGGGUGGCGUGGACGGCCACGUGCGUGCUGGAGCGGAGGGGCCGCUGCGGGGCCCUGGAGUACCUCAUCGUGCAGAGACCCAGCUCAGGGCUCCUGGCCGGGCUCUGGGAGUUCCCAAGCCUUCCACUGGCUCUGGGUCUGCAGGAGGAGAAGCAGAGGGAGGCGCUGGCGGAUCAUCUGCGGGCCUGGACAGGGUGGCCUGUCGCAGCAGGAGGCCUGCGGUAUGUUGGAGAGGUCAUCCACAUCUUCUCCCACAUCCAUCAGACGUAUGUGGUCUACUCCCUACCCAUGGAUGGGGAUGUGACCCUUGACCCAGCGUUGUCCCCAUCCCGCUGGGUGACGGAGGAGGAGUUCCAUGCCUCGGCUGUGUCCACGGCCAUGAAGAAGGUGUUGAAAGCGUGCAAGAAGCAGUGUGGGGAGCAGAACGGCUUUGGCAAGGGCUCCAAGAGGAAGCGGGGGGCGAAGCCAGGGGGAGCCAGUAGCUGCCCCACUGGGACACAGCUCUCCCUCCACGCCUUCCUCCGGGCACCGAGCCCCCAGUGAUGGCACCUUCGGCUGCUGAGACCGCUGGAGAGCUGCGCUGUGGUGAGUCCUGCCCAGGGCAUGGGGAUGGGGACGGCAUCUCCCACAUCACUCCAGCACUGGCCUAAGGCUCACAGGAGGGUGCAGACCCCACGAUGGCCUCCUGCUCCUCUUUCCAGCCUCAAUGCCAUCAGUACGGACCUCCGCCUCCCCCAGCUCAGCCACGGAAACGCACCUGCCUCCCCAUGGGCCUCUAAAUGGCCAGCGUGGUCCUAAGGUCAACACUAUCCAGAGCUGGGCUCUCCUUUCCUGCUCAGCUCGCAGGAGAGAGUGAGAUUGCUGAGUAUGGCUGGUGCCCUGGCCUGGGUCUUUCAGCCCGCUGUGGCCACUGCUCCUGGCGCUGCUGCCUGGCGGUAGCAGAGGUCUCUGGCGGUGGGAAGGGUGCCGCUGCAUCUGCCACUGCCUUAUCUUCUCCAGGAGCUGUCUUCUCCUGCUGCAGUGUCCAGGUGCUUGCCUGCAACUUGGCCACCAGCCAGCAACUGGGGAUGCUGCUGUACCCAUCAUGGGCUCCGAAGGCCCCUUUUAUACUUGCUUUUAUUGAAUCUGAGCCACAAGCUUUCUAAUAAAUCUCCUAAAGUUUUUUUAA